AUGCCAGUUCGCAAACGGUUCUCGAUCUUAGCUAUACUGGCUACGCGCUUCGUGCUUGUUCCGCUCGUGGCUCUUCGUCUUGUUCACCUGAGGCCUUCGGAAACCACGGACGUCCCUCGCCCUCGGCUGAUCGCAGGCAUAUUCACCGAGAUAGUCAUGAGUUUCUCCUUCAUCUUGUCCUCGAUAACAUGUGCGAAACCUUUCCUGAAGCCUUUCCACUCCGGCUACUUUAUCGGAACAUCGAAUCAAAAGUCGUUUCAUGGUAACGCCAAAAGCGACUCCAACUCCAACGGAAACUCUUACCGAAUGCUCAGUGCAACCACCUCAAAAUCACUGGCAGUCAAGAACAGAAGUGUGCAACAGGAAGAACGGCCCAAUGGGAACAUCAAUCCACAUGGAGACAAAAGCCUGUUCAGGCCCGAGCCAGUCUCGCACCAUGCUGCGGUGUCAUCUCAAGCUGCAAAACACCAGCCCAGAACAUCUGAUCAAAUGGAGAUAUCUCAGACCAAGACUUGGGCAGUGAGUUACGAGGGCGUUAAUGAAAGAGCACAAGGGUAA